AUGCCAUCGCAACUAGGUGUCGUUACUGGAGUCGUUGUUUGUGGAGUUUUCGUCGCUAAAGCUAGUCUUUGUUGGUGUGGUGCUGUCGUCGAUUUCAGUGGGCUUUGUGGCAUUGUUAUUAAAGUUAUCGUUUGUGGAGUCUUUGUCGCUGGAGCUAGUCUUCGUUGGUGUUGUGACGUCAUUGAUUUUGGUGGAUUUUGUGGUGCAUCGUUAUGUUGUGCCGUCAUUGAUUUCAGUGGAUUUUGUGGUGCAUUAUUAUGUUGUGCCAUCUUUGAUUUCG